CGUCUUAUUUCUUCCAAAGACAUCACAGGGUCCGUAUCAACUGCUGCCUCCUCUCUGUCUACAUUUGACUCAUCAGUGCUUAUCUGAACCAUUACCGGAGUCAUUGAGGAGAAGAUGUUUCUACGGUCUAAUUUGCCUCAGUGAUGAGAAGAGGGGAUUUUAUUGCGGACCACCAUUUGGAUUAAAAUUGAAUGAUGACACCAAAAAUGAAAAUGAGCUGCAAGUCACCAAUUCUUCUUUUCCUUGUCAUCUGCAUAAACUCUCUGUCAGGACUGGAUGUCCCUAAGCCUGAUAAACUGGUGGUGAAAAUUUUGGAUGGGGAGGUACUAAUAUAUUGGCAACGUCCUGAUGAUGCCCCCUCAAACUCCAAGUACAAUGUACAGAUGGGAAGGUAAGUUUAACUUCAAUAUCAGUAAUAACAGCUUUACUCAAGAUUUACCAUGUCCCGUUCACCGACUUCCUGUUAUUUAGCAAUUCAAACUUCCCUGUGUUUUCUGUUUUCUUUCUGUACCACUGAUCUAAAUAAGUUUUCCUCUCAACCUCGGCCAGCUAUAAAAGAUUUCUCAGGAGAAUUAAUUAAUGUAGUUUCUGAGUUUUAUUUAAUGCUACACUAUAUUUUGCCUUGUGUUACCCGAUGCCUCUACUCCUUCCAGUUGGUUAUUGUUGUGUUUUCUACCCACAGGUUGAAUGGUGAGUGGACCAAGGUGAAAAGAUGUACUGGGAUCACAAACCCAUACUGUGACCUGAGCAGCCUUAUACACGAAUAUGACACAGUGUACAAGGCCAGAGUUCAGCUGGUCGCAGGAGACAACACGUCUCUGUGGACAGUCACCAAAGUUCGCCUAUAUGAAAGUGAAUUGCAGCCUCCCUCCUUCACUUUGUUGGCUACUUCCAGAACUCUGUCAGUUAAUGUUCAUCAUAGGCCCGUUCUGAGAAAGAUCUUUUAUUAUGGGCUCACCUACACCAUCUACAUGGAGGAGACAGGCCAAAAUAAGACUACCACAGCAUAUCUGAAGUAUGAUGAUGGGGUGGAUCAGAGGACUAAGACUUUCAGUUCUCUCCACUGGGGAAGAAAGUACUGUGUCAGCAUAAAGGUACAGGGUAACGGAGGCCGCUCUGCGAGUGCUGUGUCUCCUAAACAGUGCCUGCAGCUCCCGGACAAAGAGUGGUUCAUAAUUGCUGUAUCAUCCCUGUCUAUUCUGGGUGUGCUGGUAUUCUUCGCAAUCAUUGCAACCAUCGUCCUGUGUUACCUAAAACAGCCUGCGAAAACACCUGUUGCAUUGAAAUGCCCUACACAUUACUGGCUUCCCCUCACAGUUGAAGAGGGAACUAUGGAGGUUGUCACAGACAAAGGAUGGUUCCUAUCCAGUUAUGGAACAGAAGCGAAAAACAGCAUUAAUCACCCAGUGACCCAUUUUAUAACAGAGGACAAUGGAGAAGAGGACAGGAGGACACACAUGGAGUCAAACUCUGCCACAAACAACAGAGAAUGUCCGAGACAAGAUGACAGUGGCUGCGGCAGCUUGGGAGGAUCAGAGAGCUCCACCGGCGGUCAGACAGAUUACUCCCUGCAGGAUGAGAGGCCUGAUGCUGACAAAGUUCGUAAAAGGGCGGAUAGUGGAGUGGGGCUGGGCUGCCAGCUGGACAUCAGUCCCCUAAAGGAGUCCGUCCCUGUGGGUAGCUACCGCACACAGAGCCCCUCUGUUGUGCAUACAUGUGUUAGUGAUGAUGAUGAGGCGUUUAAACAGAUGCUUCCAGUUACAGUUUUGGCCGAAGUGGUCACAGGUUACAGAGCUGGUCCUCAGGUGUGUAUCUGUUCGGGAGCAGGACAGUGCAGUUGGUGCCAUAAACAGGGUACUAACGGAACUGAAGUCAUCAAACAAUACAGACCAACCUGUAUAGAAAAUGUGCCACUGAGCAGCAAUCAUGAUUUUGUGGACUCUUACAAAGCAGGGCUUACAUUUUCAAGUAAUUAUAAAAAAUCGCAAACGGACAUAGUCAUGAUGGAUGAUUUUAAAAACACAUUAAAACAUGUAGGGGGCACUUUAGCUCUGCUAUCGACUCGACGUCCGCUUGUGGAGGGAGAACAUGACUUCAAUAUGAACAACGUGUGUCUCUCCCUCAGUGACGUACUGCUGAAAACUGACUGAUACAUUGUGGAGCAACACUAUUUAUAAAACAACAUAUCAUGGACCUUAACACUCCCUUGCACAGACAUAACACACUCUUUGAAUCAUGAAAUGGAAGCAUUUGUUAGUUUGGGGGAGUAUAUUGAAGUAUUUUCAUGAAGUGUUUGGAGGAAACAGAGCACUUAGGACCUUGUUGCUUUUAUAGGAAGGAAAUAAGAACCACACAGCUGCAGACUGAAAGCUGUUGGUUUGAGUCUCAUGAGCUUAUAGAGAUGGAGCCUGAACUUCAUGCAGUCGUGUCCCAUUGGUUAUACGCACAGCUGACUAAGAGGCAGCAUGCCGGAAGCGAAACUGCCGUGGGGGGUAAUGUAGAGGAACAGUUUAACAGUUCUGUGCUUCUGACAUUUUGAUUAUCCAUCGCAGCCAACACAAAACCAAGUUUCUGUCACAAUCUCACGGUUUUUUGUGAACUGGUUUCAAAGAAAGGGCUGAAUAAUGAAUCAAUAAUGAGCAGGGGGUUUUUUUACAGAUUGUUUUUUAUUUUUAAAGACUAAGCAAGUGACUUUCUUUUGACAUACUGCAGACCUUUCUUUAAGCUACUCCCAUAACUAUGUUAUUUAAAAUGAUAUUUAUU